UCCGAAUUAUAAUGCACCAGAAGACCAGCGUCCGGACUCUUUUACUGAGCAUCAAGAACACUAACGUUAGGGUGAGAAACCAGUAAGUUAGCGGGGCGCGUCAACCAGGUUACUCUGGGUCAAGCAUCUCAGUAGCUAGUGUAAGACUUAGCUCCUUUAAUAAUAGUCAAAAACCUUGCAUCAGUUUGAACUUCGUUGUGGACAUUUCGGCACGUUUGGAACGCAGCGGAGUGAUCGCUGUGGACAAGUGUAGCUGCUAGAAGCGGUAGUAGAAACGUCUGCAUCAGAGGUGGAUGUCGACGCUGGAGCUACGGUGCUAAUGCUGAGCCGGCUGUGGAGCAUCGGACCACCGAACCCCGGAUCUCCGGAUCGCCGCACCACGGGACCACGUAUCAUCUGAUCACCGUACGGCACCCAACGCAUGGAGAGGAUGGUGAUGAAGAUGGCUGCUGUCUCUGCCAUCUCUCUGCUCCUGCUCUGUUGCUUCACCCUCUCCUCAGCAGGUUCUAAGGUGUGCGACCACUACGCCGCAACAGGCAAUAACUUCACCGUGACUCUGGAUCACAAACUGGUCAACUCACAACGACUGACAUGGAAGCAUGGCGAUGUCACAAUUAUAGAUCGAAGAAAAGACAACAAAAUUAUCACUGGAAAUAGGGAGCACCUUGACGAAAAGGGAUCACUGAAGCUGAAAAAUCUGAACAAAAACCAUUCAGGGAUAUACACCCCUGAAGUUUUCGACACAAAUGGAAAGAAAUUAGCAAACUUGAAAGCUACAAAUUUAUGUGUAUUGGACCGUGUACCAAACCCAAAAGUGACGAUGGAGUGUCCCAAGCAAAAUGUCAGAUUUACCUGCAAGUUGCAAACUCAGCAGAUGGAGGAUCUCCAGUAUGAAUGGCUCCAGAACAACAAUGUGGUGGAUAAGAAGAAAUACUCUGGAAACACUCUGACACAAGUAGCUAAAACGGUGGAAAAAGAUUCCUUCAGAUGCAAAGUUUCCAAUAAAGUCAGCUCUAUGGUCAGUGAAGCUGUUGAACAAACCUGCUUUAAGCCCGACCCCAUUUUCCCUGAAAAAUUAUUAGGAAUUAAUACCUGGAUUUUCGUGGGUGCUGGAGGAGGUAUUGUUCUGGUGCUGAUUAUUGUCGUUAUCGUUUGCUGCAUCCGAACCAAGCGGAGAAAACGCAUGCAACUAAAGGAGGAGGGAGAGCUUCGUUUGGCAUGGACGAAUGAACAACAUCAUCAACAUAGCCAUCCUCCCGAUCAACAUCAACGUCAGCACCAUCACCACCACCAUCACCACCACCAGCAGCAGCCGGCCGGCCACACCGGUCCUCGCCAGCAUCGCUCCAAACAGCACCGCGACCAGCAGCGUCCCAGAGCCCCCGACCACCACGGUGGUCACCCUCAGCACGGUGGUCACCCUCAGCACGGUGGUCACCCUCAGCCCGGUGGUCAGCCUCAGCCCAGCCCCCGAAGACCUGCACAUGCCCCCCCCAGACCAGUGGAUAACACUGAUGACGAGCAGCCUCCUCCUCUUCCUCAGCCCAGGAAGAAAGCUCCGAAAACACCAAGAGUGUGACACCAUGUGAGUGUUAGAGUUUAGAAAACAUAAUCUAUCCUCUUUUGUCCGGGCUCAUCUGCUCUCUUCAUUUUCUUUUUCUUUUUGUUCCCAAUUUACUUCUCUCUUCCCCUCUUCUCUAUUGAUGCGUCAUUCAAACUCAGCCAGGAAAUACAGAUUAAAGGCACUUCACUCCUCCAUACGUCCGUAUUAACAUCAUGAUUUCAUCAGGGAGUGGUGAAAAUUUGAUCAAACUUUUGUAAUUUGUUGUUGUAAUUAAGUGGUUGAAAAUCACUUAGAGCAAAGUCAAAGCUGUGAAAGCUGAAGUCAAACUAUGAGUCUUAAUAAGCUUUCAGUUAAUAACAUGAUGAACAAACUUGGACUGCCCUAAGUAGUAUAACAUUGUAUAUCAUUCGUUUUGUUAUUUAGUCAUCAUAACUUUAUAAUUAUAUUUUAACUGUUUUUUUUUUUUUCAACAUAACCCACCAUCUUACUAUUACAAUUUAAUGACUUUAUCAUAUGUGAUAACAAAUAAUACUUUAAGGUCAUGAUGUCAAACUAUUAGAGUGCUCUUUAAAAGGGUUAUUUUUGUACUUCUGUUGUUUUUUAACACAGGUCCUCUUCUUUAUAUAUUUUGAUGUAUGUGUCAGAUAUAACUCAACUUUUCAGAAAGAUGUAUGUGUCCAGAGACUCUUAACUUUCCUCUAACAUGACUGAAAUCAACAUGGAAGGGAACAAAAAUAAUGAGCUACAUUCAGCAAACUACAUCUGUCAAGGAAGACCAUGACAUUCCAGAAAGAUCAGGGAAAAGCUGGUUGUUCCACCUUGAGUUAAAGGUUAAAGGCGCACUCCCUGAUUUUGUGAUAACCUCUUAUCAACCCCUAUAUUCAGCAAGCAGUACUGGGUGCUAAUACAGAGUCAAGGAGCGUUGAGUUUGAUGAGAAGAUUGAGGGGUGGGCAGAUGGAUCUUAAAGUAUCAAUACUCUAGAUACUACGUUUUCAUUUUGAAAACUGAUACUAGCAUCAGUAAGAUCAAUACCUGAAAAAAGGAUUAGUUCCUCUUACACAUAGCAUCCAAACCUCUGACACAAAGCCAGAGUUCAGUCUUCUCAGAGAGGUUCAGAAAAGGAAAAUCCAGUUACACAGUAGCCAAGUGAAAUUAAUAUUUUAGUCAAAUCAGAUCUUCAGCAUUGGUUAUUGUUGCAUUUUCGUACUGUAAUAUUGGUCAUCAGUUGCUGUUACUUAAGCAUAUUUAUGAUUGGCCUCAUAAAUCAUGACACCGCUUCUUCCCAAAUUAAAAAAGACACUUUUAAGUAUCGUAUCGUAUCGUAUAGUAUUGCUAUUGUCGACUCCAGCCCUCUAUUACUUGGUAUUGGAUCAAAAUCAAAUUUUGCGGUAUCGCCCACCCCUAAUCUCUCUGCAAGAAACCAACUGAAUGUAGUUCCCUAAAUAUCAAACUAUUCAUUAAACAUGUAAGUUAUUUCUUUGGUAUUUAAUUUUAUAUGACAGUUUUCUUGUUCCAGUUUCUGGAUUUGUUUUUUCCUCCAUGAUUUUUUUAUAACUAUUUUAUGUACAUUUGUAAGCAGUUCUUUGUAGUCUCUUUUUUUAUGUAUUUGUGUUGUGAAUUGAUGAAUAAAAGGAAUGUUAUCAGCUGCAAUAGACUGAAUCAAAAUGUUUGUUGACAAUAACGCUUGGGUAGAAAACUCCAGCGUCACAUACGUACAAUUAACGGCGCUGAGCAAACGGGGGCAAGAACCAGCUUAGUUAACAAUAAAAAAUGGUUACGUUUCGUUGUAUUAAAGUGUACUGGGUAACAAUAAUAAAUGGAGGAGGGUUUGGGUUUUUCUAAUUUAUCAGAUUGGCCAUGAACUAAAGAAAAGGACAGCUUGAUCCCAAAUCUAGCAGUUCAGUCAGGAACACUUUCGUCAGGGAAAACUUAAUGUCCAUUUGCAGUGUUAUAUUUGGUGGUAUGGCUCUGUUCUGGGGCCUCUCUGCCUUUCCUUUGGGUGUAUGCAGAAAGCCGCUAACGCGCCUACGUGGAAAGCAUAAGGUGGAGAGUGCACAUCUCUCUGCCCUUCCAUGCACCUACAUGGAAAGGGAGAGCAGCAAAAUUACAAUGUAAAUAAAUCACAUUUCUCUGCAAGUCAAAAUAAUUGAUCAUUGUCCACCCAGAAGUGAUUGUUGUUGUUAGCAUGACAUCAUUUUGAUUCGGUCUAUAAAUCACACAGACCUAACAAACUAUGUUGCCGUCAUUUAUGCUUUACUUUUGGAAACUUGCUCGUCCCUCAGGGUUGGUCUAUGCAAUAACAUGAAUAAAUGUCAUUCAUGUGUUUAUAUGCAGUAUUAUGCUUUUUAUUUAUGUAUAAAACCAACGUGCCAAAGCAUUUACAUCAUGUCCAUCGAAGUAUCUGCUGUAAAAAUGUUGAUUUGAAGUGUACACAGUGAUGUCUUUAAUAAAUGGUGUCAAUGCUAAUGCAACUUUCUACUGAAAUAUGAGCAGGUUUCACACUGUGUCAUUUUCACUUCUGCAGCCCGCUGUUUUCAGGCUGAAUGCACAGAACAACGCAGACAGACUGUGUGUGUGUGUGUGUGUGUGUGUGUGUGUGUGUGUGUGUGUGUUUCAGUCAUAUAUCCUGUGCCUUUUUGCUGAAAAUGUGUUUGUGGUUUUGAGCGUGUUAGCGUUGCUGAGCUCUGCCGAGUGCAAGAUGAUUAUCUGGUGUGUGUGUGUGUGUGUGUGUGUGUGUGUGUGUGUGUGUGUGUGAGAGGUUUUCCUGUACUUGCAGCUUCAUUAUGGCAACAGAAAAUUACAAAAUUUGACAUCAAAGACAUGUUUUAUUCUGAAGUGAUCUCAUUUAAUUUAAUAAAUGUAAUGUAUUUUAA